AUGAGACGAGGUCAACACAGGUCUGUGACCAGAGGAGGACAGGGUCUCAUGGUCCGGGACCAGAGGAGGACAGGGUCUCAUGGUCCGGGACCAGAGGAGGACAGGGCCUCAUGGUCCGGGACCAGAGGAGGACAGGGCCUCAUGGUCCGGGACCAGAGGAGGACAGGGCCUCAUGGCUGCAGCCAAUCACAGAGCAGCACACUGAAGCGCACGCUUACAAACCACUGCUUAGUCAAGAGUCCCUAA